AGGAAGUUCCGUCGCAUGAGAGAAGGAGAGCCGCCAAAAUCAAAAGCAAAACAAGCUUUACUCAUAAAAUACUCUUCUAGCACUUUAUUUCAUGACAGAUUUCAAGAUAAACAAUACAGAUAAUGGAGAAGGUAUCAGCAAACGGGGUUUUGAGUCGUUUGAGUUUCCUGGAGGCCCAAUCAAAACAAAAGACUGGAGCACAGCCACAGAGUCGAGUGCAGGAGCUGAAGACUAAAGUGGAGGAGCUGAAGAAGCAGAGAGACAGACUGAGAGCUGAGAUAUUUGUUCACCAGAAUCUCCAAAAGCUGAGAACGUCUAUGGACAAUAAUGAACAAGUGGAAAUGAACGAUGACUCUGAAAACGCUAAGCUUUUGAGAGUGAUGGCAAAACACACUCAACUCAAGGAUUUGCUGUUGGCUCAUCACCUUAUUGGAGGUUAUGAUGUAAUCAAGACUAACCAGGACAAAUGCUUAUGUUUCUCUCUGGCCACUGCAUACCAGGGAGACAUCUUGGAGACUUAUAACAUUGAAAUAAGCGUGAGCCAACCCCUGAGAAUAAUACGACACAACAUCCCUCCGUUUAUCCCUGUGAUGACUUUGGCUGAAGAGACAGACAUGCAGAAAAACAUCCGGCGCUUUUUGGACACUCUCAGCCUCCAUCUCAAUGCUUUCACCAUGCGCAAACAACAACUGAAACUUGUUAAGGAGCAACAUUUGUCGGUGGAAGUGUUGGAGACUAAUGCGCUGUGCUCUCUUCUGGUUCUGAUGCUCACGGAGCCAAACACUAACACGGCUCUGCUCUGUUCACUGGACUAUUCAGACCACACCAGGGGCCUGCCUACGCGUGUCACCAUACAGUGUGAAGAGAGGGACCUGUCUGGCUCCCCCCAGUGGCAAAAGAACACAGCGUUGCUCCAGAACACUCCAGUUCAUGAGGCUUUGCAAAUCAUGAGGAAAACGGGACAGAUAAUUUAAAACCUUAUAUAACUUACAAACAUGGACACAAUAUUUAAACUCUUUUAAAUAUAAAUCACUCUGUACAUGGAGGUAUGUAAAUAUAACAAGAAAACAGCAUUGUAGAAUCCUUGUAGUUUAAAAUGAGCUGGAGAACAGGUCAGAGUUCAAAUUUAAUAUCUCUAUAAUUACUGGUCAUAUCCUCAUGAAACAAAAACUGGCACAAAGUUCAGUGUUUUCUCUGUUAAGGGCAAGUCAAAUAAAAUUUUCACAGUAGCUUCAGAAAGUGUUGCCAUUAUUCAACCCCAAAGACAUUAUCAGUUGAAAGGACUUCAAAACAUAAGAUGAUAAUAACAAGUUUUUGGAGCCAAUCCCAAACAAAUAAUGAUCAGUUUCAACAUUUGUGGAUCACAAGUUUUGACAUUUCAAAAACUGUAUUUUGCAUAGAGUUAUAUAGGUACGAGGAGCAAAGGGAGAGGAGACUCAGCAUCAUGAACAAAAGUGACACUUGUAAAACAUGAAUACGUUGUUUUUGAUGAAUAUAGCAUUUUCAAAAUAUUAAAAGGUAACAUGGUGAUGUAAAUAUGUUGUUGUUGUGUUAGCAGUUAAUACCCCAUAGAAGUAAAAUACAUCCUCUUUAAAAUGGAUUAAUUGCACAGCUGUCAUUUGUCCUUUUAAAACAGUGGUUGAGAACUGAACUGUGCAUAUUUGUUAUUUGUUUAUUGUAAAUGGUCUAGUAAAAAUGCAGUCUUUAGUAACAACAGAAAGUAUCUUAAUUUUGUUGGUUAAUAUAAUUGUUUCUAAGGAGGUUCCUCUAUCAACUCCAUUUUACUUUUUUCCUUGAGUCUGUCAAUAAACUCUUGCACUCGUCUCUCUAGUGCCUCCAUCUGGGCUCUCCUUGCUCUCUCCAUCUCCUCUCGGGCUCUCUGCUGCCUUAGAAUCUUCUCUCUCUCUGAAAUUGAAUCAAUUAAUGCAAUAUUUUUCAUCUGUAGAAGUGAAACACUACUUUGGAUGUUGCUCCUUUGUCUCACUGGAGCAGAUAUCGACCGACUUUGCUUUUCAUCAAAUCCACAUUUUUGGUUUUGUCUUGUCCCAUAAGCAGUGUGUACCCCUCUAAAGUUGCUAAACUCGUCAAUUUCUUUCAUAGCAAUAUCCACAAUCGCUUUAGGUUCACAAAUUUUCACCGUGCCAAGUCUUCUCUGCUCCCUUCUCCAAAAAUCCUUCCUUUGUUGCAACGUCUUGUAGGAAAACCGGAAUUGUUUGUCGAUAAGUUGUAAUUUUUGCCUUCGAUCUUGCUCUGCUUUUUGGUUAAGCACUUCCAAUUCUCUUUCCAAAGUGCUCAUUGGUCUUUUA